AUGAUUUUUUGUCAAGAUCCUGAAAUUACCGGAACUAAAUUUGGCUAUGCAGUCGAUAGUAGAGUAUUCAUAGUGACGAUUGGAUCUAGCUGGCAAAUUCGAGAAUUUUUUAAUAGCCUAAUAUCCCAAAAUAUUAUGAACUUGUUGGUAGCUUCUGCUGGUUCAGCUUUACAAGAAAAAAAUCAGAAUGUAAUUAAUUAACAUUAAUAUGAUUAUAGGGUUAAAAAAUAUAGUGGGCAACUUUUGAAUAAAGGCAUAAUAUGUUUAAAUAAUUUAAAGUCCUUAAUUUAUUUAGUAGUAUACGUUAUAGAUGUUUUAAAGUUUUAAAUCCAUUUUUAAUUUAAAUGGAUGGUACCUGGUACUUGCUUAAUUCCUAUUAAUUAGUUAGGUUAAAUAUAUUAAAUUUAAGUUCUAUUUGUGAUACAGUUACUUGUACCUAUUUUCGAUUUCGCUAGUUUAUUCCUUAUAAAGUUACUAAGAGUGUAUCUAUUUACGUCAUUUAUGAGUACCCACCUAAAUAGUUAGGUAAGUCAAUCAAUUUCAAAGUUAUCUAUCCUUCUGUAGUAGCUUUGUUAUGAUGUGAAAAUUUGCGUAUAGAUGACCCUUCAGCGACGAUGAUUGAUUACGAUUUACGGCUUGCCGAAAUAGUGGGUGGACACUGGACAGUCUGCAGAGUGAUCACAUUUGAAUAUAAAUUAUUGUAACUAUGUACCUAUUAUGGUUUCUAAUAAGUGAAUCUCAAAAUAGACCUAUGAGUCAAAAAAUUGUGAAAUUACAUUCAAAUUCAAUUUGAUUAUAAUUAGUGUGAUGGCUCAGUUUUGACUAUUAAUUGUCAAUUUAUAGUUUAAAAAAUAACCUAGUGAUUAAUUGAUUGAAUUUAUACUCGUUGAUUAUUUUGAAAAUUGUCGAAUGAAUUAACCAAUAGACAACAGUUGUCAUUCAGUAGUAGCACCAACUAGUUUUGACUAUCGAUAAUUUAAAGAACCAGCCAAAUAUUUUUUCGAAUGGUUACCAAUUAUGUUGAAUGUUAAAUGUUUAUUAAGAUUAACUAGUUCAGAAAUAUCCUUAGUUUUGUGUAUUAUAUUAAUAAUAUCCCUACGUAGGAAUAUGAUAGUCUAUAUUAUGUUGUCAAUGUAGCUAAAUAAAGUUUUCACUAUACAAAAAUUGGUUUAUAGAACAAAUUCAAAUCAAUAGUUUGGGUGGGUGGGUCCUAAUUUGUAUUGUUUUUCCCGAAGUAUAAAAAUGUUUUGAAAGCCACUCAAUUAUAAUAUAUUCUUUUAGGAGAUACCGGAUAUCAAAUUAUAUACUCACCAAAUUUAUAUAGAUGGUUUAGGAAGUAGCACCCAAAAAAUUUUAACGACGUGGAGAAAAGAUAAAUUCACAAGACCAGAGAUUAAUUUAUAUCCAGUUAAAUUAGUUCACGGAUUUCAAGGACACCGGUUUAUUUUGUCUACAAUAGAAAAACCACCAUUAGUAUUCCGAAGGUACCUAGUAUCUAGACAUGUUUGUUUGUUAUGUUUUAUUUGCUUGUAUGGUUUUAAUGUGUUUUGGUUUUAUUGGUAGUACACAAGUCAGAAACUUUGGACAUGAAGAACAAUCUACAUCAUGGGACGGAAUUGAAGUUCGGUUGUUACGAAUAAUCGCACAAAUAUUAAAUUUCACUUUAGAAAUACACGAUGCUACUAUAGUAAAUACAGCAAGGUACCUAAUUACUUUAAAUUCAAUAGAUUCAUAAUAGUUUAAGACACUUUAGUUAUAUAUUUAAAACUUUAUAACUACAGGCAUCGUUAUUUUGUGAAAUUUGCUUAUUCUCCAACCAUUAUUUCUAUUGGAAUUUCCCGAACAAACUACCAAUAUAGUGACUUUUAGAACGCAGUUAGAACAUAAAGAACCCUGCAGUACCUACCUAGUUGAAAUUUAAAUUAUUUCAUUUUACUUACCUUUUACUUAAGUACCUAUUUAUUCACGUUAUUAUUUCCAGUUUAGUUCUAUCUAUAGUUUAAGUUGUUAAAAAUCGUAUGUUGAACUUGACAUAUUUUAAAACAACACAUAAAAAGUCACAAACAAAUUUAAAAAAAGUUCUUACGAUUCCUCUUAAUCAAACGUUGUAUAGCUAGAGAAUCGCAUUCUUCGUAUGCCCCUCUUUUAUCGUUUCUCAACCUCGAAACACUUAAACAAAGUCGUUUAAGACUAGAUUUAUACUUUGCGUGUAAGCUAUUCACAGGAAACAUUGACUGUCCUGUUCUGAAGUCGUUUUUCCUUCCAUACACCUAUACUCGUAACACCCGGUCUAAAAAUACAUUUUAUCUUAAUACUGAAGAAACCAAUUAUGCAAUAAAUACCCCCUCCCCCCAAUAGAAUUAUGAAAACAAUAAAUUAAUUAAAAAUCGAUUUGUUCAUAUUACCAAACUUUAACUCAUUCAAAAUAUAUUAUAAUUUCAUACUUGUUAAUACAUGUAGCUAAUAGCUAUUAGUACUAUACUAAUUUUAUUUAAUUUUGUAUUGUAUUUAUUAUUGUUAACGAACGAUUGUUAUUAAAUUUCAUGUAAUUGGGCUUGGCCCAUUUAAAACUUAAAUAAAUAAACAAAAUAGACAUUAAGCUUAUACGUGGUACCUACAUAUGACCGAAUGGACAUUCCAUUUUAUAUUUUUUUUUGUCUAGGGACGAAGCCGAAGACCGUAUUAUUGAUGAUUUAGUCGCUUCCAAGGCUGAUAUGGGAAUAUCAGGUUUAUACAUAACCAAUACUCGUAAUAAAUUGGUGGAUUUUUCUCCUGUUGUUAUGCAAGACUGUGGGACAUUUAUGUCUUUGGGAUCCUACGCUUUGUCCAAGUAAACAAUAUUAGUAUUUAUUCAAUAUUACUGUUAAUGGUGUUUAUAUUAUAGCUUAUUAAAUGAAACUAAAUUAAUAUUGAUAACUUUUUUUUUAAUUUUCUCAUAUUGUUCUGGUGAGAUUGUUAGAUUACAGAACCGGAAUACCCUGGGAAGUGCCCGUUUAAGUCUCGUACGAGUCUUCGAAUUAUUAUUUGAUAUAUAAUAUAACUACCAUCAAAAUAAUAUAUACAAUUUGAAUUAAGAUCUAUCUUAUUUAAUUUAAUAUUAUAUCUGCCAGUAAAAAUAUCAAGCAAUACUAAUAUUAUAAUAGGUAAUGAUAGGUAGGUAAUUAUAAUGUAUAGUUAUAGAUACAUAUUGCGUAAAAAAAUAUUUACGAUAAUACCAACUAGUAAAAUAGUAAAAUAGUUCUCAUCACUUGUACCUUGCAAUUGGUUUAGUCCAUUAAGGGUAAAAUGAAGAAAAAAUCUCUUAGAAAAUGUAUAAAUGGCCUCCUCAGAGUAUCACUCAGAUAAAAUUUCAUUUCAUAAAAGGUACAUCACUUGAAUAUCGGAUCAAGAUUUCUGGUAAAAAAUUUUUUACAGACAAAAAAUAAAAAUAAAUAAUAAACAUUAAAGUAAAACCAACAAAUUCCUCGCUUCGCUCAAAUUUUAAUUUUUGUCAGACACGUCCUGCGAAGCUUUAUAAAUUUUUGAUUUUUGAACACGGCCUUAGAGUCCAAAAAGGUUACCGAACAAUGGUUUAGAGUUAAAAGAAGUUGAUUUUAUGAUUAUCUACAGUAUUCAUUUUCUAAUAUGUAUACCUAUUAUUAUUACUAGCUAUCUCGCACGGAAAAAACUAUCUAUGCAUAACAUAAAUACAAUAUAAUAUACCGUUGUUUAUGGGUAAUUAGCUUCUCCCAGGUUAAUUUUGCACCAAAAAAAAAAAAAAAGGUUUGAUUUUGGAAAUGGAUAUAAUCCAAUUUGAUUUGAGCUAUUUUUAUAUCUUACCGCCAUACAUGGUGGCAGUUUUAUCGGUCAUCAGUGCGUCAUUAAGUGUGACACCGUUAAACACUUGCAAAUUUAAGCUGUCAAACUAUACUUUGUGGAGCGUAGAGCUUGUGGAUUUCAACGUAAGAUAUAAGUUAUUCACAUUCGAAAUUUAGUGGCGAACACUUUACUGUAUGAAGAUUUGUGGUUAAACAGUUUUUGAAUAAUUUAAAAGCAAAUUUCAUGAUUGGGGUAACAUAGCAUCACUAAAAUAGGUCUCUUUGAGCCAGUGUUUAUAUUAUUGUAUUUUAGCGAAAAGUUUCCCAAUCACUUUUUAUUUUCUAUUCUGGAUUAGAUAACAGUUGGUUUUUCUUAAUAAUAAUCCUGAAUGAUCAUUUUUUUUCAUUGAUAAAAAUGCCUCGAGUGUAUAUGAGAAAAUUGGCCAUUAAAAUGCCAUUCAAAUCUUGCCAUUAUAAAGACUACACCGAUGAAACAUCUAAAUGUGUAACUGCAAUUAAAAAUAAGGAGUCAAAGAAAAGCUUCUCUAGAAAUCGGCAUUCUUAGGCGCACAAUUUAUAAUAAAAUAAAGGAUUAUCAUACUAAGAAUAUAGGUGUGCCAGUAAUAUUCACGGAGGAGGAAGAAACUGUGUUUGCUAAUUGUAUAAUACAUCUAAGCAAUUAUGGUUUUCCAAUGGAAGAAUAUGAUUUAAAAAUGGUUCUAAAAUUUUAUCUUCAACAAAUUGGCCGGGUAUAAGGUAGUAAAAAUGUUUAAAGGAAAUGUUCUAGAUCAUGAUUGGGUAUUAAUCUUCCGAAAAAUAAACCCCCAACUCACAAAACGUUUCGCUAAUAAUAUUAAAAAAUCACGUGCGAGGAUAACCGAAGAUGAUUUACGCCAAAAUAUAUCAUUUUUAUCUAAAGAAUUGGAGGGAGUUCCUCCGAAUAAUAUUUUCAACUUUAUCGAGGCAAAUCUUGUAGACGAUUCUCGCAAAAAAAAGGUUAUUAUACGACGAAUAAAAUACCUCGAACACAUUCAAACCACCUCUAAGGCUGGGACGUCCAUCAUGUUCUGCAGUAGUGUUUCAGGGAAAUUGUUACCCUUGUUUGUAUUAUACAAAUCUCAACAUAUAUGAGUUUACCUGGACUGAAGGAGGUCUUCUUGGUACUCAGUAUAGUAAUAGUCCAAGUGGUCUGGUUCUUCUUUACUUUUCGAAUAGUUUGAAUGCAUUUUUGUUCCUCAAAUUCGAAAACUGGAAGGAAAAAAGUUGUGAUCUGUGACAAUAUAGCUUUUCAUUUUUCAGUUAAAGUUUUUUAGAGUAUAUCACAUAGCCAAUAGGCUGUGGCAGUAUUCCACAGUAUAAAGAGUUCAUGGAAGAAACUAAAACUAUUAGGAGAGUAGAAACCAAAUAAUGGUAAUAAUUUGGUGACUAAAGAAACAUGGCAAUUAUUUUGCGUCGUUUGUUACUAAAAAUAGAGCUCACCAUAACAGACAAUUUAAAAUCUGAGUUUUAAACUUGUGGAAUAUUCUGAUGUAAUGUGGUGUUAUUGAAAAAAUUCUUGGUCAAGAUACUACAGAUAAUUCACAGAUCAUCAUAGAGUUAUUAUUCAUUUCUUGUUUAGAGAAGAGAAGGGAAGACUGGAUAGAAAAAAAACCUGCUGGUAAACGCAAACAAAUAAAUGUAACCCCUAGUAAAAGUAGUACAAUAGAAGAUUUAGUUUCAAAACCAUCUAUCUCUACUGCCAUUCACUCACAAAGAACAACAAGCGCAUCAUAAUAAAAAUAAAGAAGGAAUAAUAUUUCAAGAUGAAUCAGAUAACAAAGACUGGCAGGCUUACUGUCGAAGAACUUUAGCAGAAAAAAAUACAAUUGAAGAAAUUAUGUUUGAAGAGACUACUGUACCAGUGUUUAAGCUUGUAGUUAAAUCCAUAAACUCAUAUUGUGUUGUAACAUAUGAAAAUGUAUUUUAUCUAGGUGUCAUUUUGGAGUUCAGUGAUGACUCUGCAAAGAUAAAAUUAAUGAAGAAAUCAAACUCUUAUUGAACGUGACCUGAAUUCUUGGGUAUUUUAGAUUAUAGAUGGAAAGAUGUGGUAGGCAGUAUAGAAGAGCCAAUACAAAUCUUUACAACAAGAAACAUUUAUAAAAUCUCAAAACUACAGAGAUACAAUAAUUCCUCUAUUUUGUUUCCAAUAAAAUUGUAUUGUGUAAUAUGAGUUAAAUUACUAAACAAUAUUACUUUUGAUUUUCAAAUGAUAACCUACAUUAAAAGUUCAAAAAAUAUAGAUUAUUAGUUUAAAUCAAUUUUGGUGUUGAAAUAUUUGAUUUCUGUCAGCCCGUUCUCAAGAUAUCUAUUCUACUUUUAAGUUUAGAUAAAGGGAGAAUAAUAGAACAUAAUUCAAACGCCACGCGCCGUAUCGCUACACAAAUAUUUUACUACUUUCCUUCUACCCAAAUUUAAAAAAGGAAUAUCUCAUGAACGGGUAGACUAAAAUUAAUUAAAACUAGUAGUCCAUCUUUUUAUGGAACUAUUAAUGUACGUUAACAUUCGACAAUCAAAAGUUAGUAGUCGUCUCACUCCCAAAAAUAAGAAUCACAAUGAAUAAUGGUGAUGUAAUAAUUUAGAGCUGCUUAUUUCUUAAAUUGUCAACAAAUAAUUUUAAAUAAUGAUUGUUCAACGCUAAAAUAAUCACUCCGUAUAUCUAUCCAUGAACUAGUUCAUAUUCUCAAUAAUUAGAUAGUCUAGUUAGGGCUUUAGACAUAUUAAGUCAGGUUAGGCUAGGGUCCCAGGUUCGAUAUGCGACGGUGGAUUCUGAAAUAUGAUCGAGUUUUAUUUUUCAUAUUGACUGUGAGAAUUCUCAUAUGAAUUCCAUAGGUGCGGACAUUUGGUCCUUGAAAAUCUCCAAUAGUCCAGUUCGAAGUUACCAGUAAUUUUAUAUUUUGAUUGUUGUAGGUAUAGAGCAAUAUUCGGUCCAUUUCAUUGGAGUAUUUGGGUUAUGGUGUUAUUUACUUAUAUGAUAGCCAUAUUUCCAAUAUCAUUCACAAAUAACAGAAGUAUAAAAACACUGUGUAAAAAUCCUAAACAACUAGAAAAAAUGUGCUGUUAUAUGUUUGGAACAUACACAAAUCUAUUUACUUUUAGAGGUGUAAAAUCAUGGACCAACACCAAAAUGGGAUCUACCAGACUUUUUAUUGGUAGGUAAAUAACAAUGUAGGAGCUUACAUUUUUACAAAAUAAAUAGGUUCAUGUAAUAUAUUGUAAAACAUUUUUAAUAGGAACAUAUUGGAUUUUUACAAUUAUUAUUACAACAGCAUAUACUAGUUCGAUUAUAGCGUUCAUAACCCUACCAGAGCAACCUAUCACUGUAGACACUUCUUACCAAUUAGUUGAUGAAGGAUACAAAGUUAUUACAUUGGGUAAUUAAUAAAGUUUGUAAAAAAAGAUAAACUUAAGCAUAAUAGUAACCUACUAACAAAUUCAUCUCACACAAAUAAGAAUUAUUUUUUAAAUAGUUUUACUGCCACAGUAUUUAUAUAGUUAGGUAUCUAGAAACCCUCGAAGAAAAAUAAUAAUUCUAUUUAUUUUUUUUUUUUAAUGGAAUUUUGAUUUAUUGUAUAUAUUAAAAAGUAAAUACAAUUGAUAUCUAUAAAACUAAAAUAUUCACCAAAUAUAUUCUCAUACGUGACAUAGGUACUCUAUUAAAUUAUUAAGUUGUAAAUUAAAAUUCACUUUUCAUUAUUAAAUAUAAAAAUAAUUUCGGAUUUAUAAUUCUGAAAUUUAUAUGCAUAUACGUACUUUACUUGUAUACUACAGGCUAUACAAGUUGUGUGUACUAAAUCCUAACAAUUAUUUAUAAUUUGUUGAUUUAAAUAAUGAUUAAAUAAUUUAAUAUUUACAAUAACUUUAUAAACUUUUCAAUAUAAAUCUUUUAUUGUAACAUUUUAAAUUAACAUAGGUUAAUACUAAUUUAGAAAGAAACAUCACAUUACAUACCAACUUAUUUGAUUAAAUAUUGAAAAAACAUUUGGGGUUAUAAUUUAUAUUUUAAAAUGAAAAUAAUAUAAAAUACUAAAAACACUUCUAUAUUUUAGAUAAGGGUGGUUGGCAAUCUUACUUUAAUAUCACCAAUGAUAUAAUUUCUAAAAAGCUCAUUUCAAAUGUGAAGUCUAUGAAUAAUUUGGAAGAUGCAAUAGAUUAUAUUGUUAAAACUAGAUUUAUUUUGGACUAUGCUUUCUUGGGUUCUAAAAUUUCACUCAGUUAUUUAUCCUUUAGCAACUAUAUACAAAAGUAAGUAUAGAUCAAAAUUCAAUCAAUUUGGCUUAUAAUUGGUCUAUUAUUAUAUUUUUUAGGUACAAAAAUAAGAAAAUAUUUCUUCAUGUUGCUUCAGAGUGUUAUGUUCCAUUUAGUGUUGGUGUAGCAUAUAAAAAAAAUUUUAUAUUUCGAAAUAUAUUUAGUAACUAUAUUUUACGGGUACAACAAAGUGGAAUCUUGACCAAAAUAAUAAAAGAUGUUGAAUGGGAAAUUACACAAAGGUCAGGACUUAAACAAGUAAGUAAAAAUAACAAUGAAUAUUUAAGCCUAAACAAUAUAGCUAUACAUUUUUAGUCAGUUUUAAAUUCACCUGAAGACCGUCAACUGGCUUUAGAUGAUGUGCAAGGCAUGUUUGUGCUAUUAGGUGGAGGUAUAUUACUUGCUGCGUUCACAUUGUUGAUUGAAAUCAUUAAACAAAAAAGGGAAAGAAGAAAAGUUGCUCAAGUUAAAGUGAAAAAAUAUACAAAAAAUAGGUCUAUAUCCUUAACUGUCAAAGAAAAUACUACUAAUGAGUUUUUCAGACCAUCAACCACUUACUAA